AACGUAGCAUAAAAUUUCCCCCAGCAGGCUGUGCGGCAUGCAAGCAGCAUGCGAAAGCUCAAGAAUCAUGUUUAAACAGAAAGCUUGAUCCAGUUAAAAACACUGAAAAAUAAGCUGUGAAUACAUAAAUAACUUAUAUAACUUAAAUAACUUAUUUCCACAGUAAGAAUGGGCCAUCGAAUUGACGAUGUGAUGAAGUUGUGCUGUGAGCUGUCUGCCAAUCAGCAGAUCAAGUCCACAGUAAAAGGUUCUGCGAAGGGAGCAGCAGCUGCAGGUGGACUCGCUUUCGCUGGAGGCUUGAUGGGGGGUCCCCUCGGUAUUGCUGUGGGUGGUGCAGUGGGUGGUCUCCUUGGCUGCUGGCUGACCAGUGGGCAGUUCAGGCCGCUUCCACAGAUCAUAAUGGAGCUCAGCCCUCAGCAGCAGCAGAAGCUGUAUGAUGAUCUCAUGGGGAUCCUGGGAGAUAUUCAGUGGACCGACCUGGCUCAGUUAACUGCGCUGGUGAUGGGCAACUCCAUCCUGAAGCAGCAGGUCACGGCUGCUCUUAUCGGGUACAUCUCUAAGGAGCUCCAGGCUGAGGUGCACUAUGUGGAUUAGUGUCCAUCUAAAAACUGAAUGGGCUGACCCAAAGUCUUACAGGCUCAGAGGAAUAGUACCAUGAAGAAAAAAUGUGAACUGUUGCUAAGAAUGUAAAAAUACAGCAGUGCCAACACAAUCAUCAUUUGUCAGUAAUAAACCAGUUAGCAUUUGUUAUAAAACUGUGCUGUAUGUUUUGGGACAAAAGAAAUCUACAGUUUUUACUUGAAGGAAUUAUUUAUUAUGCCUUUGCCUGCACUGAAGAGACCAGUCUGGCUUUAAAUGUAAUGGGGAAAUUAUGGCCUGACGGACAUGAUAAUGGGAAACAUCACUAUAUACCCAUGUGUUCAACUAGUUCACUCAUAUUUUUUUCCUUGGUAGUUAAUAAUUUUUUUUAAAUCAUGGAGUUAAUCAUAAAAAUGCUCAUUGAAAGGCAUAUGGAUUGCAAUUAAAAAGCUAAUGAAUAUUCACUACAAAGCACACACAGGAUGAUGUAUUUCAAGUAUUUUCAGUUGUUUUUUGAUUAUGGGUGAAAAUCUAGAAUUUCAUUUCUGAGGAAAUUAGAACAAAAAAAUAGGACCAGUUUAAAAUAAUUUUUAAUGCAGAAAUGAUGUGGACUACAAAAUUACAGAAAAAAGACUGUGGACUCGACAGCCAUCCAUCAGACAGCCACUGAUACCCUUCACAAGGCUGGUAGACAACAAGAUUCCUCUUACAGAAUCUGAGAAUUUGGAUUUCUAGUUCCACUUAAAUUGAUUCAAAAAUUGAGUGGAAGGCAAAGACGUAGAUAAAGGUGCACAAGCAACAGCGAUUAGUAGAACCUUAAUAGGAUUGUAAAGUAAAGCUAAUUUGAGAGUUUGGGGCAAUUUAAAGAAGUCCGAACUAGGUGUGGUCACCAGCUGGAGUGGAGCAUGUAGCUGAAGAAAAACUAUUGCUUUAACACAAGGAAAAAUAUUCUUGUCUUAAGAACUAUUGUUUUCCUUGUGUUGAGCUUCUGCUUAAGAAACAUCACCAGAAGCAUCUACUGGAUUUUAUCAAGUCUAAAGUCAUUACAGCCAUGAAGUUUUGGAGCACUUUUUGCUGCCUUCUGCUGACAAGCUUCACAGAGAUGCCGACACUGCCAGAAGUAGCAAUACCUGGUUUAAUAACCGUGGUGUCACUGAGUUUAAUGGUCAAAAAGAUUGGUUGAUCUAAAGAUAUAGAUAACCUAUAGAGUUUUAUGGAGAGGUAGAUGAGACGACAGCAGUGAUUCAUGCAAAAAGAGCCGUGGUGUGACUUUCUGAGAUAUUCAAGUUAGGUUUUUAUUGCUAUAAGCCAUAAAUCUUGUAAAUAACAGAAACAUCCUUGAAAUACACAACUGUGUAAUGAAUUAGAUUGCCUUAAUUGGAGUAAUAAAGUCACUUCUUAAUAUUCAUUUAUGAAGAUUUAACUAAUAUUCUUUAAUUUAGGUAUAAAAAUACCUGAAACUGUUUAAAGGAGGGUUUAUGAGAUAGUAGAGGGGUGAAAUGACCAGCUCUGUCUAAUGGUCCUGCCUGUUUAAUAAAUGAGUGUUUUCAAAAA